CAUGCGCAGUGUAACCCACGCUUCUCAGCUGUCUUUUCAUUUCACCCCUGUAGUGUGUCCUGGUGGACUGUCUCCUCUAACAGCAUGGGGUUAAUAACGGGAGUGCUCACCCUUUUGUAUCAUCUACCUCAGAUUUACAAAUGGCUACUGAAACCUUACUAUAUCGUGUCGUUUCUAAUGACCGUCGCCUUCUUGGUGGUAAGAAAGACUCCUGGACUGUGCGAGCACCUGGCGACCGACCGGGAGGACGGCAACUCCUGUGACUUCGACUGGAGAGAAGUUGAGAUACUGAUGUUUCUGAGUGCAAUAGUGAUGAUGAAGAAUAGAAGAGCCAUAACCUUGGAGCAGCACAUAGGGAACUUGUUCAUGUUCAGCAAAGUGGCCAAUGUAAUCCUCUUCUUCAGGCUGGACAUUCGGCUGGGCAUCCUCUACCUUGCUCUGUGUGUAGCAUUUGUCAUGACGUGCAAGCCUCCUCUCUACAUGGGCCCAGAGUACAUAAAGUACUUCAGCGACAAAACCAUAGAUGAGGAGCUGCAGAGGGAUGGUCGCAUUACCUGGCUUGUUGAGUUCUACGCCAACUGGUCCUCUGACUGCCAGUCCUUCGCUCCCAUCUUUGCCAACCUUUCUCUGAAAUACAAUUGUGCUGGGCUCCGGUUUGGGAAGGUGGACAUUGGUCGGUAUGGAGAGGUUUCUCAAAGGUACAAGGUAAGCACAUCUCCUCUGGCUAAGCAGCUGCCAUCUCUGCUGCUUUUUCAAGGAGGACGGGAAGUUAUGAGACGUCCAAUGGUGGACAACAAGGGCAGAGCUGUGUCUUGGACCUUUAAUGAGGAGAACAUUAUUCGAGAAUUCAACCUGAAUGAGCUUUUCCAAAAAUCCAAGAAGCUGAACAAAAAGCAGAACCAUCCUCAGACAGAAGAGGGCAGCGAAGAGCUUCAUCAGGAAUCCAAUGGAGUGGAAGAGCCAACAGAAAGCAAGAAAGACCAGUGAGGAGAUACAGGAUCAGAGCAAGUUUUGUGUGGCAUUUUGUUUAAAAUUCAGACAAUUAUGGCUCUUUCAGUCUCAGACAGUCCAAAAAAAAAAAUCCACAAAGCUGAAAUAUGGAGCAAGUCUUAUUGCAACACAUGUAACUGUACCAAAACCAAGCAAAAGUAAAGGGAUGUUAAUUUAUUUAAGUUUUUUUAGGGUUUUUGUAAAGAAUGGCGGCAUAAUUUCAUAGUUGCAUGUCAACGUUUGCUACCUGUGUUUGUGAAACUGCCUGUUUA